AUGUCUCAACCCAUCACCAAGUCGUUUCCCAUUGACCCUCUUAUCGGGUCCAAACCCACCUCCAAACAAGAUCCUAAGCCAAUCCCCUCAAGCUCUGCUCUGGCCAUCAAUGUUCUGGCCCUCGGCCGCAUCGGCUUAGGCCUGGCUUCAUUCGUCGCCCCAACCGUAACUCUUUCACUCUUUAAGAUCGCCCUCCCAGCCAACAUGACGCUGAUCCCCCGCAUGUUUGGCGGGCGAGAAUUCGUAAUUGGUGAAUGGACAUGGAUGGUCAAAGAUGAAGAUAAGAACGCUGCUGAGGGAGGGAGGAGGGAGUUGAAGAGGGCGAUGAGGUUGAAUACCGUGGUUGAUGCGUUGGAUUUAGCCGCUGUGGGGUAUGGGUUGUCAGGUGGCGACGGGAAUGGUGGGCCGGCUGCCAGGGGGACUGCUUGCAGGGGGAGCAUUAACGUGCGUGGCGAUGGACUUGUGGGGAUUGAGAGGCUUGUAGCGAAUGGAAAUGUCCUGAGAUGA